UUUAGUACAAAUGGCUUUCGAUGUGAACCCGGAGCAUAGGUUCCAAAAAUCCAAAACGCUGAUAAUUUUAAGGCGCGAUUUUCUUGCACGUGCAACAUUUGUGUCACAGAGAUUUGUCUCUGUGACGUUCACAGAGCGACCAAAAGAACGUGUGCUAGCAGACACGAAAUGAUUUGAAAAUAUUGCGUGGACGGCUCAAUGUGCGAAAACGGUAUGAUUCUGGUUACACAAGAAACUGAGGAGCCUUCCGCGAAUAACUCGAUAUUGUUCCACAGUGAUAUAUUAUGUUCCUCGUUGGGGCUGUCAGAAGAUUUAACUGGGGAUGAAAACGGACUAUAUGAGAGCCUUAGCAUGGAAUAUCCCGAGGAGUCGCUCUUCUCAGCAUCAGACACAGAAGCUGACUCUGCGAUCUCGUUGGUUAAAUGUCUGAACAGUGCUUCGCCAUCUUCUUCGCUUGUUUCUCGUCGCAACGAUAAUUCUGCCAUCGUAAGCCUGAACAACGAAUUGCUGAAAGCCAAAAAAAGCAACUGGGAAGUGCUGGACGCUUUGGCAAAAGCUUAUCGAGAUAUAAAAGAUCUACGUUUGCGAGAAAAACGAGUGAAUGCUAUUUUGUCGAGCUGUGACGGUAAACUCAGUGGUACUAAUGGCUUGAGUGAAAGCGUGUUGUUACCGGACAGCAAAAUUAUAGAGUUGCAGCUUUCUUUGAGGAGAGAAGAAUCUGUGAAAACGCGAGAAGACUUGCGUGCUCUUAUGAAAGAGCGAGACAAGCUGAAAGAACAACUAAAUAAGAGUGAAAAUGAACGGCGUUUGGUUUCGCUUACAAGCGAUCAUAGAGAAAGGGAGUUGGAGCUUUGUCAGAGCCAUAUCAAAGAUUUAACAGCCGAUAUCAAAGAGAAAGAUGCCAAAAUAUCAUCCGCUCAAGACAAGUUGGCUGCCUUUGAAAAAGAUAUAAAACACAAGGACGAAGAACUUGAGAAUAUACGAGACGAGAAAUAUUCAUUUAGGGAUGCAGUAGUCCGGAGUGAACAAGAGAUAGAAGCUCUGACAGAGAAACUUCAAAACCUCCUACUUUCCAAGGAGGAAAAUGCCAACAAUUCAAAUUACACGGGUCACUCACUUGGAAUUCAAAAUGAGAUUUCGCGCCUUCCAAGCGAAGGACAAGUCAUUGUGGAGGACGCAAGACUUCAAGAUGAGAUACGCGCCCUGGAGGCCAGACAUGACGAAGACAUGAAAGUCAUCAGCGAUUUGAGUGCACAACUUAAAGAAUGGGAAAGGAUUGUUACCGACAUGAAUAAACUUGUGGAAGAUACGAACCAGCAGCAGAUUGGAGCUAGGAACGAAAUUGCUGAUUAUGUAAGAAUGCUUGAGAAACAGUUAAGGGAAUUAAAGAAGAACAAAUCGAUCCCCAACAAGCAGAGUGACUCUACGCGAGAUAAGAGAAAGUGGUCUACUGAGGCCACUGCACAGAGUGAGCCUGCAAAGAUUGAGAAUUUAGAAGAAGAUGAUUGGCAGCACGUUAGCCCAGAGCUAAACCCAUCGGUUGAUGUGAACUUUGUAGAUUAUCUAAAAUGUCCCCAAUCGUCUGAGGUUGAUGGGGAGAAGGAUUUGAAAGACGCUUUGCGAGACAGCCAAGUUAUUGCUGUUGAUUUGGACGAAGUUUUCGCGCCAAAAGAGGAAAGCAUCGACUUUUGUCUCCAAUCUUCGGCCGGACUUGUCGUUCAGCCUGAGGAGGUGCGAAUGGCCAGGGUGGCAUGUACAGAGACCUUUGUAGCCCACGUUCCUGAGGUAAGAACCGUUGCCAAUGUUCCUGAUGCGAGAACAACGAACGUGAGGGAUUCUCAUGUCUCCGUCCAACGCCCAGCUCGGAAAACGGGCUCAGGGAAAAGAAGAAAGCUCCCCCAGGCUACCAGGAAAACACGUGCCUUAAGCACAGACAGUGAAUUAUCACAAUCUGACGAAACACUGUCGAUAACGUCAUCUGAAUCACAUAUAUCCCGCGAUACAACAAACAUGCGUAGGGUUUCCCGCGGAGGGUCAGGUCGGCGACUACCCACUGUCCCUAGUGGAGAAGAAGUCGGUGUAGGUCCAGUGAAAGCAGAUGUUUCGGCUGCUAGAGAGCCCCCGGCAGUGGCGUCAAUUUAUCAGAAAGGAUUAACUGUUCCUAGUAAUCUUCGGCAAGAUUCUCGAUUUGGUGAAAGUUUCAGAAAUUCUCCUAUGCUCACCAACAAGGAUCGUAAGUUCAGUAUCAGCAAGCUUAGGAGGAAGUUUACCAAAGAAAAGAGAGGUCCAGGGUCACCAAAAGUCAAUGAUACUCGAGACUCCAAAAAGGAGCGUUUAAGGCAGAAGCUCUGCCUGGGAGGAACAAGAAAACGAAGUAGUUCAGUUGGAACUGUGAGUAGCGUCUCCAACAGUUUCAGAUCUGUAACUCCCUUGAAUAGUGACGUAGAGGAUGAGAGCGGAUUAUUUGGUGAUUUUCCUCAACGGUCCAAGCAAAACAUAGGCCAGCGUAAGAGAUCCGCCUUGCUACUUAUAUUUCAGUUUCUAAAUCCAGUUGAGCUCUGCGGCCUAGCUCGAGUGUGCCGUGAAUGGCGUGCACUGAGUGAACAUCCUGCGCUUUGGAAAAGCGUGACCUUACACGGGAUAUCGCUGAAUAAUAUGGCUCUUCAGGUAAUUUCUAGGAGAUGCAGCUCCACGCAAUUCCUAAAGCUCAAAGGGCUGAGGAAAAUAAGAUCAAGAGACAAAUCUAAUGCUUUAAAUACAUCAGAGGAUUUGCGGUGUCAUUUCGAGAGAGGGAUGGAGUGUCUUUUGAGGGCUGCUGGUUCAAGCUUGUCGAGCCUGCACGUCGAGGACUGCGGUGUAUUUAUAUCAGACAGGUGUUUAGCUCUGGCAGGCUCUCACUGCAAAGAGCUACAAGCAUUAAUAUACAGUAGUGAUUCAUAUCCCGCUUGCCCUGAGGCAUUAUGGGCUUUAUGGGCGUGUAGACAGCUUGUCACUCUUAGAGUUUCACCGAUGUUUCCGUGUGACCAUCCUGGACGAUUCAAUGACAAGAGCCUGGAAACGAUAGCAAACUGCUGGCCGAAUAUGCGUCAUCUGUCGGUUGGCGGACCCAGUCUCUCGUCCGCGGGACUUAUUUAUAUCGUCAAAGGUUGCCUGAGGCUCCAAGAGCUGGAACUUGAUCGGACGAUUGCGAUCAACGAAGAAAUUGCCCACGCCAUGUGUCUGUGUGGACUGCGGGGCCUGAAGACUAUAUCCUUUACAUUUACCCCAGUCUCUCCCGGAGCCAUUAAUGAAUUAUUCGGUGCGUGCCCGCGGCUGGAGCGCAUCGAAGUGCACAUUGGGAUAUCAGAUUACUUUAUAGACGUGGAUGAUGACGUCACGAAAAGGAAAUACUCUUGCAUUGUUAAGAAACUUGAGGCUUUAAAAGGAGAAAACCAGGAAUUUGCCAGAGUACUUUGGAUAAAAUCUGAUUAUGGAUGAGUUAUUCCCUGCAGGCUUGCAAAUGAGGAAAUUGGUGAUACAAAAGACCGAAAUAACUAUUUAUUGAGAAAAUGUAGAAUUUAUAAAAUGGGUUAUUUCUACGCAUUCUGUUUUACGCUCAGCAAUAAAUUAUUUCCUUAAUAGGUACUUCA